GGCACACAGGGAAGAAGCCAGCAGCUCGAGCGCACUUCAAAAUGGCUGUUGUUAAAGAUGGUGAAUAGGAAGAAAGAAGCGCCCUAUAUCGAGAUCUGAAAAUAAAUACGACUCUUUAAACGGACCCCCAGGUCACAGAACAUUUCGACGUUUCUCUUUCGUGAGGGUGUCUGAGUGUUGAGUGUCAAUCAUGGACACCACAACCUCCAUCAAGAUGACCACUCUGGCCAUCCAGAAUCUCUUCGGCUAUGUGGAAGAAGAGAACCUGGCUGCUGUUAAAGCCCAUCUGGAUAAGUUCAAAGAGGUGGAUGGUCGAAGCGAUAAUGGACAGACUCCUCUGAUGUUGGCUUCCGAGCAGGGCAGUCUUGAGAUUGUUCAAGAGCUCAUCCGAAGGGGAGCUGACGUCAACUUGGAUGAUGUGGACUGCUGGUCUGCUCUGAUCUCUGCAGCCAAGGAAGGGCAUGUGGAAGUGGUGAAAGAGCUGCUGGAAAACAGUGCUUAUAUUGAGCACAGAGACAUGGGGGGUUGGACUGCCCUCACAUGGGCUUCAUAUAAAGGCAGAGUUGAAGUGGCCAGUAUCCUGCUUGAGAAUGGGGGAAACCCAAACACCACUGGACAGCAGUAUAGCGUCUACCCCAUUAUUUGGGCAGCGGGUAGAGGCCAUCCGGAGAUUGUCAAACUCUUACUGGAACAUGGAGCAAAAGUCAACUGCUCUGAUAAGUAUGGCACCACCCCACUGAUCUGGGCUGCUAGAAAGGGUCAUUAUGACUCUGUGAUGCACCUGUUGGAGAAUGGAGCUGAUGUUGACCAGGAGGGGGCGAACUCUAUGACGGCACUAAUCGUGGCUGUGAGAGGAGGUUAUACAGAAGUGGUUAAAGAGCUUCUGAAGCGAAACCCCAAUGUGAACAUGACUGAUAAGGAUGGCAACACAGCCCUGAUGAUCGCAGCUAAAGAGGGCUACACAGAGAUCGUGCAGGACCUGCUGGAUGCUGGCACAUACGUCAAUAUCCCAGAUAGGGGUGGUGAUACAGUGCUGAUUGGAGCCGUGAGAGGGGGGCAUGUUGAGAUCGUGAGAGCCUUGCUGCAUAAGUAUGCAGACAUCGACAUCAGAGGACAGGAAAAUAAGACUGCUCUAUAUUGGGCUGUAGAGAAAGGCAAUGCAACCAUGGUUCGAGACAUACUGAUGUGUAACCCCGACACAGAGACCACUACUAAGGAUUCUGAGACUCCACUUAUCAAAGCCACCAAGAUGAGGAAUAUAGAAAUAGUGGAGCUUCUAUUGGACAAAGGUGCCAAAGUGUCUGCAGUUGACAAGAAAGGGGACACGCCUCUUCACAUCGCCAUUCGUGGGCGGAGCCGCAGACUGGCUGAGCUUCUUCUACGUAACCCUAAAGACGGCCGUCUUCUCUACCGGCCCAAUAAGGCUGGUGAGACCCCCUACAACAUCGACUGUAGCCACCAGAAGAGCAUCCUUACCCAGAUUUUUGGCUCCAGACAUCUGUCCCCCACAGAGUCAGACGGGGACAUGCUUGGCUAUGACCUGUACAGCAGCGCUCUCGCAGACAUUCUUAGCGAGCCCACCAUGCAGCCCCCCAUCUGCGUGGGUCUGUACGCCCAGUGGGGCAGUGGCAAGUCCUUCCUGCUCAAGAAACUGGAGGAUGAGAUGAAGACAUUUGCAGGGCAGCAGGUGGAGCCUCUGUUCCAGUUUUCCUGGUUGGUAGUGUUGUUAUCACUCAUGCUGUGCAGCUCUGUAGCUCUGGUGCUCGGCUUCACUGUGGAUCCCAAGCUGGCUAUCGCCACUUCUCUUAGCAUCCUAGCGCUGCUUUAUGUGUUCUUUGUGGUUGUGUACUUCGGGAGCAGGCGUGAGGGUGAGAACUGGAACUGGGCGUGGGUCAUUAGCACCCGUCUGGCCCGACAUAUCGGAUACCUUGAGCUUCUACUUAAACUUAUGUUCGUCAACCCACCAGAACUGCCUGAACAAACCACCAGAGCUCUGCCUGUCAGGUUUCUGUUCACAGACUACAACAGGUUGUCCAGCGUGGGUGGCGAGACAUCCAUGGCUGAAAUGAUUGCCACUCUCUCAGAUGCUUGUGAGAGAGAGUUCGGCUUCUUGGCCACCAGACUUUUCAGAGUCUUCAAAACUGAGGAAACUCAAGGUAAAAAGAAGUGGAAGAAGACUUGUUGCAUCCCAUCCUUUGUCAUAUUCCUCUUCAUCGUGACCUGCUUGAUCAUGGGCAUGGGCCUGUUGGCAGUUUUUAAGGUGGAUGGGCAAAAUCAGACAGUGAACGCCGUGUUGAUUUCCAUGGCGAGUGUGAUUGGGUUGGCGCUGUUGCUGAAUUGCCGCACCUGGUGGCAGGUGACCGACUCGGUGCUCAAUUCACAGAGGAAAAGGCUGCACAGUGCUGCCAACAAGAUGAACAAAUUGAAGAGUGAAGGCUUUAUGAAGGUUUUGAAGAAUGAAGUGGAGCUCAUGGCUAAGAUGGCAAAGGCUAUAGAUGGCUUCACCCAGAAUCAGACACGUCUAGUCGUCAUCAUCGAUGGUCUGGACUCUUGUGAACAGGACAAAGUGUUACAGAUGUUAGACACGGUGAGGGUGCUGUUUUCCAAAGGACCCUUUAUCUCCGUCUUUGCAAGUGACCCUCACAUCAUCAUCAAAGCUAUAAACCAGAACCUCAACAGUGUGCUGCGCGACUCCAACAUCAACGGCCACGACUACAUGCGCAACAUCGUCCACCUGCCCGUGUUCCUUAACAGCCGUGGCCUCAGCAGCGCAAAGAAAAUGUGUGCCCCAGGUCCAGCUAACGGAGAAGCAGGCAACCCUGAGGGCUGGCAUGACGAGUUGGACAGAAAAUUGUCCCAGAACAGCUUGGGUGAACAGACUAAGUUUGGCAGUAAGACUACUCUAAACCGCAGGGAUACUUACCGGCGCAGACAGAUGCAGAGAUCAGUCACGCGUCAGAUGUCAUUCGACCUCACUAAACUUCUCGUCACUGAGGACUGGUUCAGUGACAUCAGCCCCCAGACAAUGAGGCGACUGCUUAACAUUGUGUCCGUCACAGGUCGCUUGUUAAGGGCCAAUCAGAUAAGUUUUAACUGGGACCGUCUAGCAUCCUGGAUCAACCUGACUGAGCAGUGGCCGUAUCGUACAUCCUGGCUCAUACUGUAUUUAGAGGAGACCGAUGGCAUUCCAGAUCAGACCACGCUUAAGACAAUUUAUGAAAGGAUCUCCAAGAAUAUUCCAACUACUAAAGAUGUGGAGCCAUUGCUGGAGAUAGAUGGAGAUGUUCGGAGCUUUGAGGUCUUCCUCUCGUCCCGUACACCAGUGCUGACAGCUCGAGACAUCCGCAUGUUCCUCCCCUGCACUGUAAAUAUAGAUCCCAAACUCCGAGAGAUUAUUGCAGAUGUGCGUGCUGCGAGGGAGCAGGUGAACAUGACUAGUGUCACCUAUCCCACACUGCCCAUGCAAGAGGCCCGGCCAGUAUCUGUCUACAGCCAGCAGUCCUCGGCCUGCUCCCCCACUGCCUCCUACAACGGCCCGUAUAACCUGCCGGGCGUCUCUCCUCAGCCCCACAGUGCCUAUUUCAGUGGCAUGGCUGGGCCGCAACACCCGUUCUAUAACAGACCAUAUUUCCCCCAACAUCUUUACCAGCUGCCACGGCACUACCCUGGCAGCUUCAUCCCUGCUCAUGUUCUUCCACGUCCCUUCUAUAAACCCGGCCAUUCCAGGGAUCCUAGCAGUGGACUCGGUAAAGUACCGUCUUUGAAAAAGAAGCAGGGCUCUGCCUCGGUGGUGUCAGGCACCCCAUCCAUUCUUCUCAGCUCACUGAGCACAGACGUUGUGUGUGAACGUGUCCGACUUAUCGAUGGCAUUGACCAAAGCAUGCUGCCUCAGUAUAGUGCCACUAUUAAGAAGGCUAACAUAAACGGCCGAGUUCUGUCUCAGUGCGUCCUUGAUGAGCUGAAGAAAGAAAUGAACAUGAAUUUUGGAGAUUGGCAGCUUUUCAGAACAACAGUGAUGGAGCUACGUCAUAUUGAGGGCCAAGUCCUGCAUGAGGAGGCUCCCAGUGAGCAGGGGAGCAGUAUGGUUGGGCAGGUGGAGACUAGCAGGCACGCUGGAGCGCCAGCUAACGGAGGAGUCGUUAACACGGACAACUCACCCAUGUACAACUUUAACAUCAGCUUUGAGGAUCUCAGUAAUGUGGGGUUGUAUGAGCCUCCUAGGUACCCCAACCCCCCCUGGAUGGCCACUACCCACCGUACACCUAGCAUGUCCAGCCUAAACUCUCAAGAGUCCUCUAAUGACAUUUGCAAGCUAACUGACAAGCAGCAGGCUGAGUAUCACAACGCCUACCAGGAAUACAUCGCCUCAAUGGCUCAACUUGAGUUAGGCAGUGGAAUGGACAAGAAUGGUCAUUCUGAAGACAAGCGGAAGGAUGGAAGCGACCAGGAUGCGCGCAAAAUGGCUUUGAAACGAGCAAGCGCCAAGUCCGCAACGGAUAACACCGACUACACUGCAGGAGACACGCCCACUUUAGAUCCCAUUACAGAAGAGGAUGAAAAGGUUGAUCAUGGAAUAUCAAAGUCCCUACUGGGACGCAAGACGUCUAGUGAGAAGUUGGGUCUCUUCCAAGGUGCUGACCUGAAGCUGAAGGCUAAUGGUGGUUUACGCUACCAGAAACUGACCAGCGAUGACGAUGAGUCAGAGGAGUCUGACAAUGCUCCACUUCUCAAGGAUGGAAAGAAGCCUGAACCUAAAGCAUCCGAUGCUGGAGAUCGAUCGUUGGGCAAGGGUAAGGAUUACCUUUCCGAUAAGAAGGAUUCCUCUGACUCGGGUGUACGUUCCAACGAAAGCUCACCCAACCACUCUCUGCAAGACGAAGAGGCUGACCUGUCGCAGUCUGAGAGGGCUAACCUGAUCGAGCUGGAUGAGGAGAAUUCGGCCCCAAAGAGAGGACUGCCCAAUAGUCUGAGCGGCCUCCAAGACCCAGCUAUCGCCCGCAUGUCCAUCUGCUCCGAGGACCAGUGCAGUCUUCUGGCCAGCAGCCCUGAGGAGAGCUGGCCUUCCUCCAAGAGCUACAACCUCAACCGGACACCCAGCAACACCACCCUCAACAACAACACAAAUGCCCAACAAGGAAACAACCUUCGGCAGCCCACAGUUAGCUCCAAUACCACCUCCACGACCACCUGCAGUGAUGUCAUCAUAGCUCCUGGCUCCAGCACCACCACCCAGAAUGAGAAUGUUCGUGUGGUGCACCUGAAGAGGGGGCUCAACCCUGGAGAUCCACCUGAGAUCCUCAAUGUGUCUACUGACACUGUCACUUUUGGAGAGGAGCGAGAGAGCAUCCUGUAGGCAACGUCUUGAUCUGUUCGUGUUUGGUUAGACGGUUGAUAUAAUCUAUUGUGGUGUUCACGCAUGUUUGGUGUAAUGCUUAAAUAUGUGAAAUGGUGAUUAAUUGUGACACCUAUAAAUGUUAAGUGUUGUUAAUGUAUUUUUCAUUUACAUUUCUUCUACAAUCCAUCAGUUUAUACACUAGUUUCUUAUAGAGCUGUUUCCAUACAGAAUGCUCAAUUAAAUAUGCAUGCCAGCCUUUCUAAUUAUAGAUGUAUGAACAAACUUAACAAUUCCUAUUAAGUGUUUUGCAAUCGCAGCUGUGAGAAAAGUUUCAAUAGGGUCUCCCAAAGGAUAAGAUCAUAGUACCUUUGUCACAAAAAACAGCAUAAUUUAAGCAAACAGUACCAAACUUUGUGUAAGCCCAUUAUUAAGUAUUAAUAUAAGCAUUUUUCAUUCAGCCAUAAUAAAUGUGUCUUGGAAAUGUGCUGUAUUGAAUUGUUUAUUGCACGCUUGAACACUUUCAUUGUGCAGUAGUAACAGUAGUAUAUAAGCAGUGACAAGCAUGGGUCAGACUGCAGUGAGUAUUGAAUUAGUAGGUAUGCUACUGCAUGCCAUGUGAUGACAUCAGUCUUUAGCAGUUUACCAUAUUGUUGACCACUGUCUGUAGAGGGAAAACGUGUUUGUGAUGUUUGUUGCAGCAUGAAAUAAACCUACAUUGACAGCA